AUGGAGAUGGAGAUGGGGAUUGGAGAGAGUGGAUCACCGCCGAAACCAGGCUCCACUAAUGUUUUAACAAGGUCUAGCGGAGACUCAUACCCAUCCAUGGUGACACCCAUGAUCGGAGGCGAUGCCGGGUGCGUGCCAGUGGGCGGUGCUAGAAAGGGAGGUGAAGGCGACUCCAGCCAGGCACAAGGGAAGGGUGAGCGUAGGUCAGACGACGAAACACAAGGCAUGGGCGAUCUGGGCGUUGUCAUCGAUGGAAAAGGGACCACUCACAAACAACUAAGUGGUGCCAAAGGUGGAGGGGCCAACUACCCAGGCGACACCACAGACAAAGAAUUCCUAGGUGUUGGCUCUGGUGGAAGGAGAUUGAAUGGCGAUGGCAUGGUGGGAAGCAAAGUCAGUGCUGACUUUGGCUGUGUGGGCGACGCCAAGCAAGGCACAAGAACUAACCACAUAGGUGAUGCCAUGCCAAGCCUGGGCGACGCCUGCUUGGGCGCUGUGAGGGAGAAUGGCUCUACGGCCAGGGAAGCCCAGCAGGACGGGAGCACCAGACCUUACAAUCUUCUAGGCGGCGCCAUCCUUAGUGGUGAGCAACGUUUUGGCAUGCUAAGGUAA